GAUAUGAAUGACUGAAUGGGCUUAUGUUUUAAAGAUAUACAGCGUGGUGUUGCAAGCCAACAGUACUCUAGUGUACACAUCAUACUUUCUCUAACAGAAUUUUCCCUCUUUCAUCUCUCUUAGGAAUAAAUAAAUAUUUUUCUUAUCUCCUGUCUCCAGAGGACUCUGAUAAAUCACAUCUGGGGAAUGCUGAAGGAUGCCAGCAAAACACAGACACAAAUCCAAAACUCUUUGAAGCCACUAGAUCAUUUUCCCCAAGUAACAACCCUGUAAAAUUAAAUUUAGGGUAACCUAUCAGAACUUCUGAAUGGCCAUUUAUUUGGGAGUAAGAUUGAGGAAGAUGGUGCAAGGCAUCAUCUCAUACUGCUCGGGAAAUGGCAAUGGUAAACCCCUCCUGUAUUCUAACAAAGGAAAACCACAUGGCUCUGUGGUUGCCAGGAAUAGACACCGACUUGACAGCACAACUUUACUUUAUUUUAAGAUGGAGAGAAGAAGGGAACAGUUCCUUAGACAUGGCAGGAUGUUAGGGGUCUUGUUGCUGCUUGCAUAUGCCUGGGUUACUCUUGUUUAUGCUGAGCUUUGCAAACCAGAUGCACAGAAUGCUUUCAAAGUGCGACUUAGUAUCAAAACAGCUUUGGGAGAUGAUGCAUAUACCUGGGAUGCUAGUGAAGAAUAUCUGUUUAAAGCAAUGGUGGCUUUUGCCAUGAGAAGAUAUUCAAGUCAAGAAGCAACCCAAACUUCCAAUGUAUUGCUUUGCAAUGUAACAGAUCGGGUAUCAUUUUGGUUCGUGGUCACUGAUUCCUCAACAAAUGUGACAGCAAUUCCCAGAAAUGAGGUGGAAGCAGCCAUAAGAAUGAACAGAAACAGAAUCAAUAGUGCCUUUUUACUGAGUGACGAGACUCUACAAUUCUUGAAGAUCUCAUCAACUUUAGCACCACCAGCUGAACAAUCAACGCCAACAUGGCUGAUUGUAUUUGGUGUGGUUCUUUGCAUCAUUGUGGCCGGGCUCAUUUUCCUUAUAAUCUCAGGAAUUCAGCAACGCAAGAGACAUAACAAGAUGCCUGAAGAAACAGAUGGUUUCGAAGAGAAGUGUGAAACAGUCAUGACAAUGGAAAAUGGAAUUCCCUGUGAUACCUUAGAUUUAAAAGCUGGCCAGAUUAACAGAGUCUAUACAGCAGCAGAUGAUGAACGGUUUACACCCUUGUGAAAUGUCACUCUUUCUCUCCAGCCUCUGUUUGAGACUCUGCCCGUUUUGUAUAGCUAUUAAUGCAGAUUAUUAAACAACAAGAGAAUAAACUUAUGCACUUUGCCUUC